AUGGCUUCUCGCCGCCGCAUGUUGUUAAAAGUCAUAAUCCUCGGAGAUAGUGGGGUUGGUAAAACAUCAUUGAUGAACCAGUAUGUGAAUCGGAAGUUUAGUAAUCAGUAUAAGGCUACCAUUGGUGCUGAUUUUCUCACCAAAGAAGUUCAAUUUGAAGAUAGGUUGUUCACAUUGCAGAUAUGGGAUACAGCUGGUCAAGAGCGGUUUCAGAGUCUUGGUGUAGCUUUCUACCGUGGUGCUGAUUGCUGCGUCCUAGUUUAUGAUGUCAACGUUCUGAAAUCUUUUGAAAACCUUAACCAUUGGAGAGAAGAGUUUCUCAUUCAGGCUAGUCCGUCUGACCCCGAAAACUUCCCGUUUGUUGUGUUAGGAAACAAAAUAGAUGUUGAUGGCGGCAACAGCAGAGUUAUUUCUGAGAAGAAAGCAAAGGCAUGGUGUGCUUCAAAGGGAAACAUACCAUACUUUGAGACCUCUGCAAAAGAAGGAUUUAAUGUUGAAGCUGCUUUCCAGUGUAUAGCUAAAAAUGCACUCAAGAAUGAACCUGAAGAAGAAAUGUAUCUGCCCGACACAAUCGAUGUGGGCAAUGGUGGACGACAGCAAAGAUCUACUGGCUGUGAAUGUUGA